AUGGAGGAGUAUGAGAAGUUUUGUGAGAAAAGUCUCUCCAGAAUCCAAGAAGCAUCGUUAUCCACAGAGAGCUUUCUACCUGUCCAGUCUGAAAGCAUCUCACUUAUUCGCUUCCAUGGAGUGGCUGUGCUUUCUCCACUGCUUAAUAUUGAGAAAAGAAAGGAAAUGCAACAAGAAAAGCAGAGAGCACUUGAUGUCGAAGCAAGAAGACAGGUUAAUAGGAAGAAGGCUUUACUGACUCGUGUCCAGGGGAUUCUUGAAAAUGUUCAGGUUAGAAAAGCACCUAAUGCCAGUGAUUUUCAUCAGUGGGAGACUGAAACAGUUUACUCUAAUUCAGAAGUCAGAAACUUGAAUGUUCCUGCUACCCUUCCAAAUAUCUUGCCAAGCCCCACUGAACACUCUACUUUAGCAAAGUUUGAAAAGAUAACUGGAAUUUUGCCACUGAAUAAUGAGGAUCGAUUUAAAUCUAAUGUGAUAGACUUAGCUAGGGACUCGGAAGAAUUGAGUUAUCUGAAGCAAUAUGAUAGUUCAAAUAUUAGCCAGGCAGAAAAUGAAGCUUCUUUAAAGACUUCCUCAACAGCUGCACAAGAGACACUUCUCUUUCCAACAAAUGAAGACCAAGAUCCAUCACUUUUGGAGGAAGUUACUCCGGAUCCCUACAUAAUGAGUCUUCAGAACCUGAUGAAAAAGUCAAAGGAAUACAUAGAAAGGGAGCAGUCUAGGCGCAGUCUGAGAAGUAGUGUAAAGAGCAGUGUUAAUGAGAGUCUUUCAGACAAAGAAAAUGACGCUGUUAGGGUGACUGACAAUGGAAAGGAGAAGUCCCAGUUGAUAGGCAAACACUGUGGUUCAGUUAUUCCUGACAAACCAAGCCUUAAUAAAUCAAAUGUUCUUCUCCAAGGUGCUUUCACUCAAGCAAGCAGCAUGAAUACAUCUGUUUUAGGUAACUUUUCUAAAGUGGAUAUAUCAAUACGAACUGGCCAUUCCACUGUUUUAGAGACUGAUUCUAAUUUCCAAGGCAUUCCCACUUUUGUUACUGAAAAUAAUGUUAUCAAAAGUCUUACUGGUUCAUAUGCCAAAAUACCUAGCCCAGAGCCAAGCCUGAGUCCUAAAAUGCAUCGAAGGCGUUCUAGGCCAUCAUCAGCAUGUCAUAUACUGAUAAAUAACCCAAUAAAUGCUUCAGAAUUAAGUCCUAAAGGGAAAGAACAGGCAGUAGAGUUAGUUGUUCAAGAAACUGAUGAAAAAACAAAUGUACCCGAAACGGUGCCAAAGUUACCAGUUGAUUUAGCAGCAGUUUGUUCAAGUAAGGUUUAUGUCAGCAAAAAUACAGAAGCCAUACAGGAAAUGGUUUUAGGUACAUCAAAUCAGGUAUCUCAACCUUCAGGUAAUCAAUUAGAAAAUAAAGGUUUUCAUGGACUUGCUCACAUGGAAGGUCAGUUAAUACCUGAUGCAAGAGGACUGCACAGAAUGGACAGUACACGUACUGCAGGGGAAAGAUUGCAUGAGCCGUAUGCCGCCAGAGAGUGUGUUCUGAUUCAAAACUUUGGUACUGUGAGUGGAGUCAAGUCAACCAAUGUGUUAGAGAAAAACUGCAACUUACAGAUGGAACUGAAUAAGUCUUAUGAUGUAAAAAACCCAUCUCCUUUACUGAUGCAGAACCAGAAUACCAGACAGCACAUGGAUACCCCUACAGUGUCCUGUGGAAAAGAGCAAUUUUUGGAAAACAGUUUUGAGAAAGUUAAACGGAGACUUGAUUUAGAUAUUGAUAAUUUGCAAAAAGAAAACUACCCUUAUGUUGUAACAACUGGAAUAGCUGAACAGGAAAGGCAACAUUUGCCAGAAAAAAGAUAUUCUAAAGGAUCUGUCUACAUCAAGAAUAAGAUGUUAGAAAGUAGUUCCAAAGAAGGCGAGGAGAUACUAAAAAGCAAGAUGUUAGCUUUUGAAGAAAUGCGGAAGAGACUAGAACAACAGCAUGCCCAGCAGUUAUCACUACUCAUAGCUGAGCAGGAAAGGGAACAGGAAAGACUGCAAAAGGACAUAGAAGAACAGGAGAAAAUGUUAAAAGAGAAGACGGUAAUUACAGCAGAAGCCUCUGAAUUGGACAUUAGCAAUGCUGUGGACUUAGACUGGAGAAAGAUAAGUGACUCUGGUUUACUAGACACAGUGCUGUCUCAAGUGGACUCACUCCAUACUUCAAAUUCAGAUAGUUCUGGUUUCACAAGUUCUGCCCUACAACAUAGCUUUGGUUCUGCAAAUGAAGUACCGUUCUACCUCUGGGGAUCAUCAACUAGUGGCUUGACCAAACUCUCAGUAACAAGGCCUUUUGGAAGGGCCAAAACUAAGUGGUCUCAGGUUUUCAGUCCAGAAGUACAAGCAAAAUUUAACAAAGUAACUGCAGUGGCAAAAGGAUUCCUUACUCGUAGGCUUAUGCAGACAGAUAAGCUGAAACAACUUCGACAAACUGUAAAAGAUACUAUGGAAUUUAUAAGAAGUUUUCAGUCAGAAGCACCUUUAAAGAGAGGAGUUGUUUCAGCACAAGAUGCUUCUCUUCAGGAAAGAGUGUUAGCUCAGUUGCGAGCUGCCCUGUAUGGCAUUCAUGACAUAUUCUUUGUAAUGGAUGCAGCUGAAAGAAUGUCUAUUCUACAUCAUGAUCGAGAAGUUCGCAAAGAGAAAAUGCUCAGGCAAAUGGAUAAAAUGAAAAGUCCACGAGUGGCUCUUUCAGCUGCAACACAGAAGUCUCUUGAUAGGAAGAAGUACAUGAAGGCUGCAGAAAUGGGAAUGCCAAGUAAGAAAUUUCUGGUUAAGCAAAAUCCUUCUGAAACAAGAGUCCUUCAGCCAAAUCAAGGACAGAAUGUACCUGUUCAUAGGCUACUGAGUAGACAAGGAACCCCUAAGACAUCAGUGAAGGGGGUUGUGCAAAAUAGACAGAAGUCUUCACAGAGCAGAGUGCCUAACAGAGCGCCUGUUUCAGGAGUAUAUGCAGGAAAAAUCCAAAGAAAGCGGCCAAAUGUUGCGACAAUUUAA